GCCACUGACCAGUAUACCGUGGAACAAUAUAUUAACAUGGCGGAAAAGAUGUGAUACACGAAAACCUAAUCUUUGUGCCGGCUGGCACAAUGUCUAAACAGCACAGCAAUGACGGCUUCCGACAGAAGUUUAAGCAGUUCCUGGGGAUCAAGAAAGGGAGUGCUAUAGCGACGAGCGUUUAUGAGGGUCCGAAAGCUGAUGAGUUGACUUUUACUAAUGAAUUACUGCAGGAAAUCAGUUCUGAUGCACCAGUGGGAAGUAGGAUUAGGGUAUUACGAGAACUGUGUGAAUUCCUCGUGAACAGACGACUGGAAGAUCAUGCAAUUGAAGCAGCCUGGAUGGCAGUUAAGGACCUCCUCCUCCCCACCCAACCCCAGGACGCCCGGCAUGUCACCCUUUACUUUCUCUCGGUCAUUGUCACAAGUCAGUAUGAUCGCCUUAAAAUCCUUAGAGCUCACUUCUUCAAAGUCAUAGAAAAUCACAAAAUUGUUGAUGAUCUUAUUCCAAGAUUAAAUCUUCUGAAAGCCUUGAGUAAUAAUGGCAAGGACAUCUUGUACUUUGAAGAGCAGAUAGGGGUGUUUCUCCUCAGCUGGAUGUCUGAAGUUAUUCAACAAGGGAGGUUGGACUGUUUCAUGCCAUUGAUGAUCAAUGUCAUUCAUUACAACUCCAGUUACCUCGAUGAGGAUGUUGCGGCUGGAAUUAUCAGAGAAACAAGUCAAUUAGUGAGGACCACAAAAGAGGAACAAAAUGUUGAGUUGUCUUUGUCCCUCCUUGAUGCCAUUGUGAGGUACAGCUGUCUGCCCGUCAGCUCCCUCUACGAGUUUGUUGCUGCUCUAUGCUGUACUGUGAAUCUGGAAAAGUUUUGUCAACACAGCUGGAAGAUCAUGCGCAAUGUCCUUGGUACUCAUCUAGGUCACCGCUGUAUCUACACCAUGUGCCUCAUCAUGGAGACCGGAAGCGAGCAGAACGCAGACGUGAUGUUGAUCAGAGGAGCUGUGUUCUUUAUCGGAAUGUGCUUGUGGGGAUCCCAGCGUGUGACGUCACUCAAGCAUUCUCACUCUGCAGUCUUACCAUCAAUGCUACAGGCUUUGCAUUGUAACCACACCAUCGUGGCACUGGAGGUUACACUAUCAAUACAACGACUGGUGAAGAAAUACGGACACGAGCUACACAUCGUGUCUUGGGACUCACUCAUGGACAUCACCGAGAAAAUACAGGAGCUCAUACAGGCGAAUGCACAGCCUGAGAACUCUCUGAUUGAAAAUCAUCACAUCCUGUUGAAUGCCGUGGAGGAAUUGAUGGAGACAAGCAAGUUCAAUGGUUCAGAGGAGAGGUUCUUCACUAUCGUGGAGAGAUGCGCAAGUAAAAGACCGGAAAACUCUGUACAUCUCCUUGUAUCGUUCAAGGCGCAAUCUGUCCAUCCGGCGCAUGCAUAUUGGAUUAGCAAUCUGAAAGAUCUCAUGGAAAAAUAUUUCCGGUAUGAGAUUCAAACAAGUGUCAGGGUCAAGGUGUUGGAUGUGCUUUCUUUUGUCCUGACAUCAUAUCGACAUUGGUACGAGGAGGAGUUACUUGACAAGGUUGUUCUACCAUAUUUGAGCAAUAUCUCUGAUGACCCGGAUGUCACUGUGCGUACAGCCGCUGUCCAGUUAUUACUGGACUUGAGCCAAACCUGCGACUCACCCAAGUGUACGGACAUACUAAACAUCAUUGAAAAGGUCAUCAAUCGCAAGGUGGAGCUUUCCAGUAAAAUCCACCCAGCGGACCAACAGGAUCAAAGGCUUUCACAGGAAGAGAAUGUCUUGAAGGACGUGAAGACCGCAAUAAAUGGAUUGGUCCAAGUCUUGAAGGUGAAGCUGUUCCGGCUGCCACACUGCCACGCCCAGCAGGUCUUUGGGUUGCUUGUCAGUCAUGUGCGUGCCCAUUAUUACCAUGGUUACGGCACCAUCAUCGCCAGCAUAAUCAGGAACAUUGCGUUUGAGUGCUUCUUGUCUCUGCGCUGUGACUCUAGUCAGUGCCUCGGCUUUGCCUCUUCUGAAGCAUCAGAGAAAGGCAAGGUUACCUACAGCUCAUACUUCGUCUGUGCACAGAGCACCCUAGAGGCCCCAGACAGCACCCUAGGGUAUACCAGUCCGCUUGGUGUCAUCCAGUACUCAGAUGCCUUUAGUGUCAUUCUCAGCUGCAUCCAAUAUGAGUGGGACUGGACCGUCUUGGAGCAAGUUCUCACCAGUCUCCCAGACGUGCUUCAGAACAAGACACUUGUGCUUGCCGCUGACCCAAACCUGACUGCUAUGUCGUCUGUACUAUGUAAAAUGGUAUGUGAUCCUGCCUGUGUGUUGGACCUACAGCGGAUGCCUCAGGGAGUGGGCAGAACGGGACUCCACGCUCUCAUCUUUCCUGUUUUGACAGUACUUGCGACUUACCACACCCGCCUAGAUCGUCAGCACCAGUGCGAGCUUGUGCAGUCUCUUGAGCUCGGCUUCGGGACCAAGUGCGCCAGUCUAUGCGUGUCGUCUCUCACGUUGUGCACUAUGGAGAUGCAAGCCGUCAUUACCAGCCUGUUGCCGGCCAUCCUUGUGCGGUUAUCCCAGGUCUCGGCGACGGUCCUCAUGGCAGUCCCCAUGCUAGAGUUCCUGUCUGGGCUUGUUCACCUGCCCCAUCUCUACACCAGCUUCAAGGAGACUCAGUACAAAAGUGUGUUCGCCAUCUGCCUUCCUUACACCGACUCCGCAAGAUACUCUCAGUACACUGUGACCUUGGCGUUUCACGUGAUUGCCGCGUGGUUUGUGCGUGCACGCGUUGCCUAUCGCAGAGGAUUUGUUGGCUUUAUCGCCAAGGCCCUGCGCACUAGCAUGGCAUUGCCGGCCGAGCGAUAUGAUUCCCGUGGUGAUAGCCCCUCCCAGGGAACUCGCGGGCGCACUAGCAGCGUUGGCACCGGUCAGCAGUCCUAUUCGCCCCAAGGCCCCGUACGGUUAGCUUCGCCCGUGAGCCCGCCCCAGGCCAAGGAGACUGAGUAUGGGUUCCACGCGGAGAUGAGUGAAGUGUGCAUGGAUAUGAUGGCGAGGUAUGCUUUCGCCCCAGGCCUCGCGCCGCCAAAACGCACUGCGGCCAUGGACUACCUCCUGUCACGUGGUAUAUCCAAGAAGUGGCUGGUUGGUAACACGAUCGUAACCAUCACUACAUCCGGGACCUCAAUCGAGCCUGAUGGUAUCUGCGACAACUGCUACGCCCUCCGCGAUAAGAUCUCCCGCCAAAUGCAGCUUCCCGCUGACACGAGUCUGCAAUCGCGGCGCCGGCGCAGUAGAGAAAACAUCUUGGAUAAGAACCUGACAAAAAGCGAUGCGUCAGGGGGUGGAAGCCCAUCGGGCAUUAGAAUACAGCCUCCCCCGGAAUCGUCUGCUUCUAGCCUACCAAGUACUGACGGAACAGGGGGGACCAAGGCUGAACGCACCUUGAAUGAAAAGGCAGGCAAAGAAAGACCAAAGACGCCGGAGCCACAGGGGACUGGGGAGAGCACGACGCCAAGCACGCAAGGACUGGUUGACUAUCAUUGCGUCUGUCAAGGCUGGGCAGAGAUAUUUAUCCGAAAAGCCAGCGGUAAUGUGUCAUGGGUCAUGCGCUUAGAAAACCGGCCGGCAGGCCCCUUGGUAGGCGCACAAGGGACGGACGGUGACAUUUUCACGGGCGUCAUGGACGACAAGCACGUCAAAGAAUACUCGUUACCACCAGGUGAUAAAACCCUGCUGAAAGUGCGAACGAAAAGCCGAGAAGUACUAGGUUCCGGUGCUGACAGUGAUACACUCCUUAUUGACCUUAUAAGGAAGGAUUCGAGAGAUUCUGGAUCACGUGACACAACACUAAGCCCCGAGGAGAGCGGUGUCUUUUCAGCAGAGGCGAAGACACAAUUGGGCAAUGACGUCAUUAAUGCUCAGGUCCAGUCUCCCUCCAAUGACCAUCAAUUGGAUCAGAUCCUGCUGACUCCACAAGACGGUGCCAGCUCAUCCCCCGGCAUACCUUGCGACUCUACAAGCUCAGAUGGCUUACCGUCAAGGCCAAGGUUACUUAGUGCCAGUCCCCGGCGCGGUCCUUAUGCUAUCCGGAUGGCCCGUAAUUCAGAGUGCCAGGAACAUGUAGAGGAACUGCGAUCUCCAGAAGAACCCCCGCAAACAGCACGACGACAGCUUUUAUUCGAGAAGCCUGAGCUCGGUGUGUCGCCGGCGGAAUAUGAGCCCAUCUCGCCGACAAAGAUAUUGCGCACCAUCAGAAGCGAGUCCAACAUCCGGGAUAGUCACCCCGCUGACAGCAAAGUAUUGUCGUCUUCGGAAAUGUACAGGUUGGCAAGUGACGAAGAAGUGCAGACUGUUCCUGGAGACGUAGUCAGCGGUGGUAACCAGCUAAACACAUCGGACACAGUCGUCCGACGUCCCAUUCUAGGCCAACUAAGAACCAAGGCGCAGAGACCUAAAUCACUUCCGGGAGAUUUCGGAUCCGGCCUUGGCGCCCAAGCUCUUCUACAAGACCCUGAAAGCCACACAGAAGUCAGUCACCCAAAAGAUGGCCACGCAAAGUCACGCAAUCCGCCUCACGUGAAAGAAAACAAACCAGGCAAAGUAAACUCGGGUGGGAACUUGGCCGUAGGAAACGUCACUUCCGCUGCUGUUCACAUGACCCGUGAGUCACGUUCGGCGACGUCCAGUCCUCUCUCGCCCAAGAAGACAAAGCUGCAUAAGUCCUCCAGCCUGAGCGCUCCCAAGGGGCAGGAGCCCGAGCGACGACAAAAGCCUGGGAACGACCCUCGCACGGCACGCAGUGCACACGUGUUGAUUGACAGAUCUGACGGAUUGGAGGCGGGGCAGCUGUCACGUGCUCAGAAGAGCUCUUCUUCGCCUGAGCUGUCGUCACCAACACUUGGGAGAACGGGUACAUUUUCUCGUCCUGAGACAAACAGGACCCCGGGACGUUCAGGCAAUACAUCAGGGAACACCUCAGACACUGAGGUCCCCCUCAGCCGAGACCCUCCUCAAUUAGUGCCUGCCGCAGAGUCGUACAGGUACCCGCUGGACCCAAGCUUCUUGUUUCUUCAACUCUACCACAGCGCUUUCCUGGGCUCUACUCAAGACAAGCCCGUGCCCCUCCCGGACAGUGAGGUCGUUGAGCGCGCCGUUAAGUGCCUAGACCGUAUCCCUCCAUACGACACGCACAAGAUCGGCGUGAUCUACGUGGGCGAGGGCCAGCAUGAUGUCGAGACUGCCAUCCUGAGGAACGUGUACGGGUCCGCGCGCUACAUGCGAUUCCUGGGGGGACUGGGCCGACUUGUCAGACUGAGAGACUGCGCCCCGGCCGAGAUUUACCUAGGAGGCCUGGAUCGAGAAGGGGCGGACGGGGAAUUUGCGUAUAGCUGGCAGGACGAUAUAUGUCAAGUUAUUUUCCACGUGGCCACGCUGAUGCCAACUAAGGAGUCAGAUCCCGGAUGUAACUCAAAGAAGAUGCAUAUCGGUAACGACUUCGUUACCAUCGUGUAUAAUGACUCUGGCGACGAGGUCAAAUACGGUACAAUCAAGGGCCAGUUCAAUUUCGCAGAGGUGGUUAUUCAGCCACUUGACAACGAGUGUAACGUUGUCAUGCUCAGAUUCAAGGAGGAGCUGAAAAACCUGUGCGUCAACCCGAGCCCACGGGUCAUAUCGGACAGCAGUCUACCUAUGCUAGUGCGCAGGCUCGCCGUACAUAUAAACAUGGCGUCAGUGCUGCACCAAGGCCUGAAACGCACCACCGACGCCUAUGGCUGCAACUGGCUAGAGCGCAUGCGUCAAAUCAAGCGCCUGCGCAGUAAGAUAGAUGUUAACGGGCCCAGUUCCCCCUCACCUCACAAUGUGAAGCCAAACGCGUCAGGGAAUAGCGCGUUUAUCCCGCUAAUCAAACAUCCUGCGGGCGCUCAGCCAAACUUGGUGGACUUCACUGAGUAUGCUUCAAAGUAGAAUAUAAAAGUAUGAAUAAAAAUAGAAUAUUAUUAAAUUGGAAAAAAGAUUCAUGGUGCUUUUUAGCACAUAAAACUCGAAGUUGCAUUUAUGCUUUAGGUGAAGCGUAGAAUAAGAAUGUUUAAAACUCGACGGUGACGUUGGUCCAUGUGGGAAUUGAUAACGUCGUUAGGUAGGUAAGGAUGACAUUAAAGUUGUUUCCCAAAAUCACUCAAACUUUUUUUAGUAUAAUUUUCGAGACAUGAUUAAUGUGAAUAUUAUUUCUGAGUUCGCUACUCCUUCAUCUUUUAUCUGUGAUUUCUAGCUCGUUCUUGUGAGCCUGCAAUCAGAAGGGUAGCAGCGGCUACUACCAGUGGUGGAUCCACAAGGAUCCCCUUCCCCCUUCGGACAAAUUUUAGAGGAAAUGUAUGGGGGCUGAAAUCUAGAAGUCUCCCGCCAUACGUUUAAUAUAUUAAUGGGUCCGAAAGGUGUCCCUUCAAAAAUAAUUGGGACGCCCUCUACUGAUGUAAAAGUAGUAGCUAUCUUGAAUUUCAAGAAGAGAGACUAGAAAAUUUAUUAGCAAGAUUGUAGUAUAAAUUGUUCAUUAAAUCAGAGUUUUUUUUAA